AGCGCCCACAAAAUUCAUUUCCACCAAUCACAACUUAACACCAGUGACCCCUUUUUCACUCUCCCUUCCCUGGUCAUUACUGUUCCAUAUAUCCUCCUCUCCUGCAACUGGCAAUAAGGAGCUCGCAUAUUUGUAUUCACUUCCUUUUACCCUCUGCUUUGACUUAACUUUUUUUAGGCCUUUAGCUCAAAGGGAACGAAAGCUUGGCAAAGCAUAAAUUGCCUGCCACUUCCCCCACUUGAAUCCUCUGUUUUCUCUGUUUUUCUCAAUUGGGUCUUUCUCCUUUCCAUGAGCUUUUUAGAAUCUCUCUCUCUCUCUCUCUCUCUUUUUGUGCGCAAAACUUAUGCCUUGAAUUGAAUCUUACUUUUUGAGCUUCAAAGUUGCGAAAUUUAUGGCUCAGUUUUGCUUUCUUCGUGGAAUUUGAUAUCUAUUUCUUUCACCUAUUGUUGGCUUUUUGAUUUUGAUCAAUUAUUGAACGUUAAUCUAGGGUUCUACCAUUAAAAAUAGAUGAUUGAGAUCUGCUUUCUUUUCUGUUAUUGCUUCUCGAAUUUUCCUUGGGUUUUGGAAAGUUGGGACUUUCUCAGAUUCCUCAAUUUGUGCUUACGUAAAAAAGUUACUCAGAUUCUAUUCAAAUGCCUGUUGAUUUGAUGACUCUUGGGUCAUAAAAUUCUCCACUUCUUUCUGCUGCAUUUCCUCUCUGUAUCUUUCUCUCUCUUUCAAUUCAAAGAGAGAGAUAGAGAGAAGUAUAGCAUCUUUUUUUUUUCCUCUCUUUAUUGUAUAAAUUUAUUUCUAUGUUAUUUGCUUCUAUUCUUGUACAGUGUAAUAACUAUGAAUCGGGGAAAUGAAAUCCUCUCUCCAGCCUCUUAUCUUGAGAAUUCAAACUGGUUGUUUCAAGAAACCAGGUGUACCAAAUGGACCCAUGAAGAAAACAAGCAGUUUGAGAAUGCUCUGGCUUUGUAUGAUAAGGAUGAGCCUGAUAGAUGGCAUAAAGUUGCAGCCAUGAUCCCAGGCAAGACUGUAGGUGAUGUAAUCAAACAGUAUAGGGAAUUGGAGGAAGAUGUCAGUGAUAUCGAGGCAGGGCUCAUCCCAAUUCCUGGAUAUAGCAGUAGUGAUGCUUUUACUUUGGAGUGGGUCAAUAAUAAUCAGGGAUACGAUGCCUUCAAACACUAUUAUACUCCUGGAGGCAAGAGAACCACCGCAGCCAGGUCGUCUGAGCAGGAAAGGAAGAAAGGGGUGCCGUGGACUGAGGAGGAGCACAGGCAGUUUCUGAUGGGUCUUCAAAAGUAUGGUAAAGGGGACUGGAGAAAUAUUUCUCGCAACUUUGUGACCACUAGGACACCAACUCAAGUGGCUAGUCAUGCUCAGAAGUAUUUUAUCAGGCAGAGCACAGGACGGAAGGAUAAACGGAGGUCCAGCAUCCAUGAUAUUACUACCGUCAAUCUUCCAAACAUCGACUCUGCUUCACCUGAUGGGAAGAAAUCAUCUCCAGAUCAUUCUACCACAAGUCUACAAUCACAACCACAACAAAAAAUGGCUGGCAUGCCCAAAGGAUUUAUAGAUUGUAAACCACAAAGUGAAGGGGGAGGGGCAGCUGGUGUUUUUAGCCAAGCAAAUGGCAAUUUGUUGAUGGCACCUUUUUGUGGGAUAUCGUCAUAUGGACAAAAACUACAGGAGCAAAAUCUCCUUAGAGGAACUCCUCCUGGAUACCAGUUUUCACCUUACAAUAUGAUUUGUCAAAUGCAACCGAUGCAACGUCAGUAAGCUUGGAGGAUUUAUAGUUGUCAAGGUAUUUAAGACGCCAUUUUUUCUUCAAGUGUUGUUGGAUAAUUUAUCUAUGCCAUUAUGAGGAUUGAGGAUCUAUGUGAAUACGUUAAUCUGCUGAUAAUCCAUAGUUAUUGGACAAUUUUUACAGAAUUAUGGGUUAGUUUAUGUUGUGAUUCGGUAUUCAAAUCUGAAUCACUGAACCUAAGGGAAUAAGAUUAUCUUUGAUGAUUGAUUGUCAA